AUGCAACAUAUUUCAAUCAACAUAGGAAAUGAUCUCCCCGCGACGCGCGAUCUUCCUGCAGGAGCAACAGUACCUGAUGAGCUCCCUGCCCCGAAGGAAGUCAGAUUACAUCCAACCCAGCCAAACGGGGGCGAAAAUGCUUCAAUUUACUUCGUGGGAACGGCAACAACAAUAAUGUCUGAGAAUCGAGGCAAUGCUCGGGCUAACAAGUCUGCGAGAGUAGCGAAUGGAUGGGAAUGCGGAUCAUGA